AUGAAGGACAGCAAUAAAGCAACUCAGUCAAGGAAGGCUUCCUAUCCUUUUGCACAAGAUGUGCUUGCAUGGAAACCUGUCUUCAACCAGUCUAGUCUCACUGAGUCUGUGUUCCAUGUGUUCACCACAGUCCUUGGAUUUCAGGUUCUUCUCUUCCUUCUCUUCUUCCUUCUCUACUUGAUGAUCCUCUGUGGCAACACAGUCAUCAUCUGGGUUGUGUGCCUACACAGCGUUCUCCGAACCCGGAUGUAUUUCUUCUUGUCCAACCUGCCCUUUGUAGAGAUCUGCUACACCACCGUUGUGGUGCCCUUGAUGCUUUCCAACAUUUUUGGGGCCCAGAAGCCCAUCCCAUUGGCUGGAUGUGGGGCCCAAAUGUUCUUCUUUCUCACACUUGGUGCUGACUGUUUCCUCUUGGCGAUCAUGGCCUAUGACCGCAAUGUGGCCAUCUGCCACCACAUGACCUGCACGCUGUGUGUGCAGAAGCUGGGCGGCGCCAUGGGUCUGGUCGUCUUCCUCUCCCUGCAGCUCACCGCCUUAAUCUUCAACCUGCCCUUCUGCGGCCACCGCCGGGAAAUUAACCACUUCCUCUGCAAUGUACCUCCCGUCCUGUGCCUGUCCUGCACCGACAUCCGCGUGCACCAGGUUGUCCUCUACGUCGUGAGCAUCCUCGUGCUAACCGUCCCCUUCUUGUUCAUCUGCGUCUCCUACGUGUUCAUCACCUGCGCCAUCCCGCACAUCCGUUCUGCCGAGGGCCGCCGCUGGGCCUUCUCCACCUGCUCCUCCCACCUCACCGUGGUCCUGCUGCAGUAUGGCUGCUGUGCCUUGGUAUACUUGCGUCCCCAGUCCAGCUCCUCUGUAGAUGAAGACUGCCAGUUUGCCCUUGUUUACACCUUUAUCACACCAUUACUCAACCCUUUGAUUUACACCCUUAGGAACAAGGAUGUCAAAGGUGCCCUGAAAAAAGUGAUUAGUACCAAAGGGACAUCUGAGUCCCUCUGA